AUGGAGCAGAUCGCUGUUGGAGUUCUUCUGAAAGGCCUGUACCAGACGAUCGUAUUCACCAUCGAGCUGGAUCAGGUGCCUACCGCCCUCCGAACUUGUGUUGAACUUGUCCGUACCUGCUACACUGACUGGUGCGAUCUCGUCGAACUCCGAAACGAAUAUUUGGCCCUCCUCGAAAGCCAACCCAAAAUCCUCGAUCGCAUGAACAACAUCAUCACCAACGCACAUGUGUCGCUUCAAGAAGUUUGUGUGCUGGUCGAAAAGUGUCGACCUGUCGGUGGCGGGUCCAGGCCGUCCCUGAUCAGGCGUCUGGAAUGGGUGCUUCUAGACUCCACGUUGUUCAAGCAAUAUGAGCCCGUGAUUAGUCGCCAUCAUAGCUCCGUACUUGCGGAGCUUAACUUUCUGAGGAAUCUGGCUUUCUCUUCAGGCACCGGCGGCCUUCAACAGGAGGCGGAAGGGGGGAGCGAUGGCGACGACAAGAAGCCCGCCAAGCCUAAACCUACCUUCGAGAAUUUAGAUAUUCUAGGAGAUAUCAUGGGUAGAUCCAGUAGUAGGCACAACCAGCGGAACGCCCACCCUGGGCCAAAGCAUUGCACAAUUGGGAGCCGCGGUCGCUUCUGGGCCACCACCACCACCACCACCACCACCACCACCACCUUACACUGCCUCCUGGGAGCCCCACCCAAGCUCUCCGGCAAUGGAAAGCACGGUUGA